UCCUGCGUACUACUGAGUUUUGAUGGAAACAAUGCUGCUAGCACACCUCGUUGUUGUUUCCUUUCUGGUCAACUUCUGCGCAUGUCUGGAGAGCAAUGACAACUUUACAGGUAAUAUUUCUGACAUAAACAUCAGAUCCAAAAGAUGCGCACCUCCCAACAAUGCGUACUUCUUUGCUAGGUUAACGCACAACCUCAAAAAUCACCAUGGACGCGUUCCUUUUAAUCAAGUUAUUGUCAACAAAUUACGUCGUUACAAUCCUUCCAGCGGUGUCUUUGUAUGUCCUAACUCAGGGUACUAUGUAUUCAGCUGGACAUUGAUGACCGACCACAAAGAGUGGGUUAUUUCCGACUUGAUUGUUGGCGGUUCUGCCAAGGCGAAAUUAAUCGUUGAUAGUGACGAGGGAUUAGAAAGUGGAUCAACAACAGCCGUUGUAUAUGUCCGCCGUGGACAGCAUGUUUUCGUUAGAAUAACUGGUGGUAAUCGAAACGUUGAAUCCCGAGGAAGUGUACCGAGUUUUUCGGGCUGGAGACUACCUUAGACGUGGAAAAUGAAACUCGCAACAGCUAAUACAGCUUACGGAUAACUGUAAAUUUUCUGAUUUCCUUUGAUUAUAAAUUUUCAAUUCCUUUUGUUCAUUAAGCAAAAAUGUAUUUGUAUAGCUUUCAUUUUACUCUAUUUUCUGUAUUUGUUUAAAUAAAAUUAUGAAAGCAAUG